CCAUAUCGCUUCCCCUGCACUCGCAACUUCCUCCAACACCUAUCAAUCGCAUCAAAUCAAACCAAACCAAACCACCACCGCCGCCGCCCCUUCCGCCGCCGCAGAGAUGGCUUCAGCUGCAGCAUACUACUACACCGGAUGCGAGGACGACUACCAGCCGCACUUCCUCGAUUCCUGCUCCCUCUGCCGCAGAUCGCUCAACCAAAACAGCGACAUCUUCAUGUACAGAGGAAACACGCCGUUCUGUAGCCAGGAGUGCCGGCAGGAGCAGAUCGAGAUAGAUGAGGCGAUGGAGAAGAAGUGGAAAAUGUCAUCCUCUUCUUCUUCUUCGAAGAGAUCGAGCGGUGUGAGGCAGAGCUCUGACUCCGCGAAGGAAUCUGGCAUGAAUAAAGCUGUACGGACGGGAACUGUGGCUGUGGUUUGAGAUUUGAGUUCGCUGCAAAUGAGUAUAUACAUAAUUGAGAAGGAUUAUGGAUCACUUCUUCGACGAAUUCGCAUGACCUGGAGCUUGAUCUGUUGAAGAGAGAUGGGUGCAGAAGAAGUCCGUACCGAAAAUUUUGAUUUUACUUUUUAUUUACAUUUUCCUCUUUUUUUUUUUAAUAAUUUCUGGAAUAUGGCAUCUGAUAUGUGUAUAUGGUGGGGAAGGAUUGAGAGUCCUUUAAUUGGAUGUCAUUAAAAUAUAAAUAUCGGUUAAUCA